AUGUCAGAUCUUUCGGCUCAACUAUCUGCUUUCAAAAAUAAAAUCAGAAGCGGGCCUUCUGUCACUGUUGCCAGAAGGGCAGUUACACCUGCCAAGUCAAAUGAUUCCAGCAAUGCUAAUCCCAGUAAUGCCUAUAAUAAUAGAAACGGUGUUUCUAACGGAACCCCUAAUAAAAGACCAGGAAGUGAUACAAUUACUGAAGCUAUCAAGAGGCAAAAAGCGUCUACAGGAGGCAUGUCGGGAUCACAUUUAUCAACUCAAUUACAUUUAGCGGUUGAAUAUAUUAAACAGCACGAUUUUCCUAUUACAGUAUCGAAGUUACAGAACUAUCUUUCGUUUGACAUAAGUGCCACGUUGCUUCCGUUAUUGAAGGAGAUUGAUCGUAUAAAAUUCAAUCCCGAAGAUAAUACAUUGGAAUAUGUCUCGUUGCACAAUAUUAGGUCUUCGGAUGACUUGUUGAAUUUCUUAAGAUCGCAGCCGACUUUCAGAGGUAUAUCCGUUAAGGAGUUAAAGGAUGGAUGGGCCGGAUGUCUGCAGGCCAUCAAUGAGUUGGAAGAACAGAGUAAAGUUUUGGUUUUAAGAAAUAAAAAGGAAAAUACCCCCAGACUUGUAUGGGCAAACCUUGGAGGAGAAAUGGGUUUAAUUGACGAUGAGUUUUGUGACAUGUGGUCUAAUGUCAAAUUGCCUGAACCGGAUAGCUUGUAUCAAGCAUUAAUAGAUCAAGGUUUAAAGCCUACCGGAGCCGAUCCUCAGACAAUUAAAAAGAAACCGCAACAACAAGAAAAGAAACAAAAGAAAGCAAGAAGAGGUAAGGUUACCAACACUCAUAUGAAAGGCAUAUUGAAGGACUACUCGGAAUUAGUAUAA